AUGGCAUCUCUGGACAAAACAACGCUGUUCACCGUUGAGGCGGAUCCCGGGACUGAUAUCUGGAGAAAGCCCGGACACAACGCAUGGAACAUCCCAAAUAUCCAUACCAGCACUGGCCCCCUGAAGAACUUCCUUUCAGUUCGCGUCACUUUCUCGGCUCCCUGGGCCCACUCAUACGACCAAUCUGGUGUGCUUCUUGUGCCGAGACUAGCCUCAGAGGCAGCGCCUCCAAACAGUAAAUGGAUCAAGACCGGGAUCGAGCUAUAUGAUGGCCAGCCUCACUUGAGCACAGUCACCUGUGACCGGUAUGCCGACUGGGGCCUCUAUCCCUUGACCCCAGGGGAUGGCGAGGACAAUAAGAACGUGACGAUUGAGGUCUUUCGGGACGGAGGUCCCCAAGGCAAAAAUGCUUGGGUACACCACCUAGUGCUAGAUAAAGACGGGAACAUCAAAAAGAGAAUCCCUCUGAGGAAAAUUUGUUGGAUCUUUGCGGACGAGAAUGAGGAUGAUUGGGUCUUGGAUGUCAGUCCGCUGGCUGCGAGACCGGAUAAGGACGCCAAGGAUGGGCUGAAAGUCGAGUUUGCCCAGUUCAAGGUGCAGUGGAGUCAGUAG